AAUUGCAUGUGCGCAAACUAAAAAAAAUCAAAAAACCCAAAAAAAACCAUAAAAACGCGUUUCGUUUCCGACUCGUUCCCGAACUCACCAAGUCAAUAAAAUCCGGCCACUAACUCAGCCCUCGCUUCCUAAACCUUGAAUAUUCGAAUGGAGAUCGGCCCCGCGACGAAGGACACUAACGACGCUAUAAGACCGACGCUAUCUUCGUCGUCAGAUAUUACGACGUCGUCUUCGGAUAGUAAUUUGAUUAUAACAGAGGUGGGAGACGGUGUUUCCACAACGGCGGCGGCGGCGGCGGCGACGAGGUACGAGGAUGAUGAGGAGGAGGAAGACGUGUGCCGGAUCUGUAGGAAUCCGGGAGAUGCGGAGAAUCCGUUACGGUAUCCUUGUGCUUGUAGCGGAAGUAUUAAAUUCGUGCAUCAGGAUUGUCUUCUGCAGUGGUUAAAUCAUAGCAACGCUCGUCAAUGCGAGGUCUGCAAGCAUGCGUUCUCUUUCUCUCCUGUUUAUGCUGAGAAUGCCCCAACAAGGCUUCCAUUUCAGGAGUUUAUAGUUGGUAUGGCUAUGAAGGCUUGUCAUGUGCUGCAAUUCUUUUUGCGCCUUAGUUUUGUACUUUCUGUUUGGCUCCUCAUUAUACCCUUCAUAACAUUUUGGAUAUGGCGUUUGGCAUUUGUGAGGAGUUUUGGGGAAGCACAGAGAUUGUUUUUAAGUCAUCUAUCUACAACUACAAUCCUUACGGAUUGUCUUCAUGGUUUCCUACUUUCUGCUAGCAUUGUUUUCAUUUUUCUUGGGGCCACUUCAUUGAGAGAUUAUUUUAGGCAUUUGAGAGAACUUGGAGGUCACGAUGCUGAGAGAGAGGAGGAAGGUGACAGAAAUGGUGCCCGUGCUGCCAGACGACCACAAGGUCAAGCUAAUAAUAGAAAUAUUGCUGGUGAGGCGAAUGCUGAAGAUGCUGGCGCUGGACAAGCAAUUGCUGGUGCUGGUCAACUUAUCAGAAGGAAUGCUGAAAAUGUUGCUGCUCGUUGGGAGAUGCAGGCAGCUCGUCUUGAGGCUCAUGUGGAACAAAUGUUUGAUGGUCUAGAUGAUGCUGAUGGUGCAGAGGAUGUACCUUUUGACGAGCUUGUCGGAAUGCAGGGUCCAGUUUUCCAUUUAGUUGAAAAUGCUUUUACUGUGCUGGCUAGCAAUAUGAUUUUCCUUGGUGUUGUAAUCUUCGUUCCCUUUUCAUUAGGACGGAUUAUAUUGUAUUAUGUUUCAUGGCUUUUCUCUUCUGCAAGUGGUCCAUUGUUGUCAACAGUUAUGCCGCUUACAGAUACUGCACUCUCCAUAGCAAACUUCACUUUGAAGAAUGCAUUAAGUGCUGUUACAAAUUUAACAUCUGAAGGCCAAGAUGGUGGACUUCUUGGACAGGUUGCAGAUAUAUUAAAAGUAAAUGCAAGUGGAGUGAGUGAAGUCUCAAAGAACAUGAGCAGUCCUUUGUCAACAGAUCUUUUAAAAGGGGCGUAUAUUGGUGCAUCAAGGCUUUCUGAUGUUACAACUCUUGCUAUUGGAUACAUGUUUGUGUUCUCUUUGGUCUUCUUCUAUCUAGGAGUUGUUGCUUUAAUCCGGUACACCAAGGGUGAGCCUUUGACCAUGGGGAGGUUUUAUGGUAUUGCUUCUUUAGCAGACACUAUUCCAUCCCUCUUCAGGCAGUUCUUGGCAGCGAUGAGGCAUUUGAUGACUAUGGUAAAGGUUGCCUUCCUUCUAGUGAUUGAACUUGGUGUAUUUCCUUUAAUGUGUGGAUGGUGGCUUGAUGUUUGUACUAUAAGAAUGUUUGGGAAGUCAAUGUCUCAAAGAGUUCAGUUCUUCUCAGUUUCACCUUUAGCAAGCUCGUUGGUUCAUUGGGUUGUAGGAAUUGUUUACAUGCUACAGAUAAGCAUCUUUGUCAGUCUUCUCCGUGGGGUUUUGCGUCAUGGGGUUUUGUAUUUCCUUCGAGAUCCAGCAGAUCCAAACUAUAAUCCAUUCCGUGAUUUAAUUGAUGAUCCUGUGCACAAGCAUGCUCGUAGGGUACUAUUGUCUGUUGCAGUUUAUGGAAGUUUAAUUGUGAUGCUGGUAUUCUUACCUGUCAAACUUGCGAUGCGGAUGGCACCCUCCAUAUUUCCGCUUGAUAUAUCGGUAUCUGAUCCAUUCACUGAAAUUCCAGCCGACAUGCUUCUUUUCCAAAUUUGCAUUCCAUUUGCCAUUGAGCAUUUUAAGUUGCGGACUACAAUUAAAUCCCUUCUGCGCUAUUGGUUCACAGCUGUUGGCUGGGCACUUGGUUUAACAGAUUUUUUACUGCCCAGAACUGAUGACAAUGGUGUUCAGGACAAUGGAAAUCACGAGCCAGGAAGACAGGAUAGAAUACCAGCAGUAGAAUUAGGUGGUCAGGAUCGAGCUUUGGUGGCACUUGCAGCUGCUGAUGAUUCAAACAGAGGUCUUCUUGCAGCAGGAAAUUCAAAUACUGCAGAGGAGUAUGAUAGUGAUGAGCAAUCUGAUUCAGACAGGUACAGCUUUGUCCUUCGUAUUGUCCUGCUACUGGUUGUAGCGUGGAUGACCCUUCUUAUCUUCAACUCAGCCUUGAUAGUCGUACCAAUAUCAUUUGGCCGUGCCCUUUUCAACGCCAUUCCUCGUCUUCCAAUAACUCAUGGGAUCAAGUGCAAUGAUCUUUAUGCUUUCAUAAUUGGGAGCUAUGUCAUUUGGACUGCUUUAGCCGGAGUUAGGUAUUGCUUUGAGCAUAUUAGAACAAACAGACUAAUUAUUUUAAUUGGCCAAGUCCGGAAGUGGUGUGCUAUUGUUCUCAAGAGCUCUGCAUUGUUGUCAAUAUGGAUAUUUGUCAUUCCAGUUUUGAUCGGGCUGCUCUUUGAGCUUUUAGUAAUUGUGCCCAUGCGAGUCCCUGUGGACGAAAGUCCGGUUUUCCUCCUGUAUCAGGACUGGGCGCUGGGACUCAUUUUUCUUAAGAUCUGGACCAGGCUGGUUAUGUUGGAUCAUAUGAUGCCACUAGUCGAUGAAACCUGGCGAGUAAAAUUUGAAAGGGUUAGAGAAGAUGGGUUCUCGAGGCUGCAAGGCCUUUGGGUUCUCCGAGAAAUUGUGUUUCCUAUAGUGAUGAAGCUACUGACGGCUCUGUGUGUCCCUUAUGUGUUAGCUAGAGGUGUGUUUCCUGUGCUCGGAUACCCAUUAGUCGUAAACUCAGCUGUAUAUCGAUUUGCAUGGCUCGGAUGUCUCUGCUUAAGCGUGGUAUGCUUCUGUGCUAAGAGAUUCCACGUUUGGUUCACAAACCUUCACAACUCCAUACGCGAUGACCGCUAUCUCAUAGGACGUAGACUUCAUAAUUUCGGAGAAGUUGCAGAAAAAAGGCAAAAUGAGUUGGAAUUUUCUUCCGAGGUCCAAAAUUCUGAUUUGCAAGAGACGGAUUUGAUUCCGUAUGUAGGAGAAGCGGAUACAGGGUUGAGGCAAAGGCAUGUUAAUCAACAGGAGGUCAAUUAAAUAGGUAGUUGUGUAGGAAUUUUAAUCUCAUUUAGACUUGAAUCCCUUGGAAAUGUUAAUAGGAUAUAUACCAUGGGUAGAAUUUUUCUCAGUAUGUGACUAUUAAGUUAAUAGUUGGAUACUUCUGUGCAUAUUAUACAUGCUAAAUUAGUAGCACCAUAAGCAUUUGUAUUGGCUAUCAAGAACAUUGUGUUUUGCAGGCUCUCUUUUCGUUCACUUCACAUGAAAAUAUGUACAUAUCCUCCUUUUUAAA